AAUAAACACCGUAAUUUUAAGUACCAAUGUUCCAUAUAUUAAAACCUUACUUAUCGAUUCUUAAUAUAAGCUCUAAACCGUUACUAAAUAAAAGUUUUAUCAAUCACUAUAGCCUUAGUAUACAGCCGAAAAUGGGUGUCCCUUUGACAGAAGUAAUUACCAGACUUACUGGAAUUGCUCCUUUGAAACUAGCCGAAUCCUGGGACAAUGUGGGCCUCCUCGUAGAACCAGAAAUGUCGAACAAGAUCAACAAUGUAUUGUUGACAAUUGACCUAACUGAGGAUGUGGUUGAUGAGGCCCUAGCCAAAAAUGCCCAGAUGAUAAUCACAUAUCACCCCAAUAUUUUUGCACCACUCAAAAGGGUGACCUUGGGUCACUGGAAGGAGAGGAUUAUUGUAAAAUGUUUACAAAACAAUAUUGCAGUGUUCAGUCCACACACAUCAUGGGAUGCAAUCUCUGGUGGCGUUAAUGACUGGUUGGGGUCAGCUUUUUCAUCCAAAGAAAGCACACCCAUCACAAAGGUGGACGACUCUGAUCCUCAUGUGGGAAUGGGCAGAGUGCUCGUACUUGAAAAGCCAGUUACACUCAAAGAUGCUAUUGAUAAAGUCAAGAAGCAUGUUGGCCUGCCACAUUUAAGAGUUGGUGUUGCUAAGCAUAAGGGAUUAGAAUCACUGAUUGAAACAGUGGCAUUGUGUGCAGGCUCUGGUGGCUCCGUGUUGAAGGGUAUUAAAGCAGAUCUGUAUUUAACUGGAGAAAUGUUACAUCAUGAUGUUCUGGAAGUUGCACAAAGUGGAACUCAUGUUAUUCUUUGCAAUCACAGUGAUUCAGAAAGAGGAUUUUUAAAAGUAGUUGUGGAUAGGAUCAAGAGUAAUGACUUAAAUGUUGUUAUAUCUGAAGUAGAUAAGGACUGUCUUACCAUUAUGUAAAUAAAUACUGAUUUUUUA